GAGAGAGAGAAAUAAAUGAGCAGCAGUGGUUCGUAUCGUAGGUCCGCCUUUAUUGAAUCUUGACCCCUCUCUCUUUCUAUUGGCUUUAUUUUUUCUUCUUUCCAGUCUUCAUCUCUCUCUGUCUUCAGUAUAUAUUAUGUCAUAGAUAUUAAGGCCUCUGUUUUCCUAAUAAUUUUUUGUCUUUUUUUGGCUCUAAAAUUAGUACAGAGAAAAAAACGAGCCCAAUUAGAAUAGCAUAGAUUAAUGGCUGGUUAAAAAAAAAAACCAAUCAAAAAGCAGUAGGAAUUUUUGGAAGUAGAAGCAACUUUUCUGAUAAUUUUGUAUUUUGUUGGAGACUUGAGAGAGACAGAGAGAGAAACACUUGAAGAAAUGGCAAAUGUUCCUCAGGAAGCGAUCAAGCUUUUACAAGCUCUCAUGGAUCAAGUUGAGGAGCCUCUGAAGACAACAUUUAAGAAUGUGCAUCAAGGACAUCUACCUGAAAAUUUGAUACGUUUUCUGAAAGCAAGAGAUUGGAAUGUUUCCAAAGCCCAUAAAAUGUUGAUGGACAGUUUAAAUUGGAGGGUACAAAAUGAAAUCGACAACAUAUUAACGAAACCCAUAAUUCCAGCUGAUUUGUAUAGAUCAGUACGUGAUUCACAACUGAUAGGACUUUCAGGUUACUCUAGAGAGGGCUUGCCAGUCUUUGCUAUCGGUGUGGGUCUCAGUACAUUUGAUAAAGCGUCUGUCCACUACUAUGUGCAGUCGCACAUUCAAAUUAAUGAAUACAGAGACCGUGUAAUUUUGCCUGGCGCUUCAAAAAAGUAUGGAAAGCCUAUCACCACCUGUGUGAAGGUUUUAGAUAUGACCGGACUGAAGCUUUCAGCACUAAGUCAAAUUAAGUUAUUGACAAUCAUAUCAACCAUUGAUGACUUGAAUUAUCCAGAGAAGACAAAUACCUACUACAUUGUAAAUGUUCCUUAUAUAUUUUCAGCCUGUUGGAAGGUCGUCAAGCCUCUUUUGCAGGAGAGAACAAGGAAAAAAAUACAGGUGUUAUCAGGCAAUGGGAAAGAUGAGCUAUUAAAGAUUAUGGAUUAUGCAUCUCUUCCACAUUUCUGUAAAAAAGAAGGGUCGGGAUCAUCUCGACAUUCAGAGGAUGGAGCUGAAACUUGUUUUUCCUUUGAUCAUCAUUUUCACCAACAACUAUAUAACUACAUUAAGCAGCAAUCUGUGAACCGCGAACCUGUUGAACCAAUCAAGCAGGGUUCUUUUCAUGUGGAUCUACCUGAGCCAGCCCCAGAAGGAACCGAAAUUGCAAAAACAAUAGAAUCAGAGUUUAACAAGAUCGGCAAGAAAAUUUGUGGAAAUGGUCUGUCUGAUUCUCUCAAUGGACUAAGAAUAAAUGGGGCUUGAAAUGACGGAGCUGAAUGUGUGUGUAGCUUACCAUGAAGGUGUUUCAUCUACCCCCUUUACUAUUCAUCUCAACCUGAGAGGACUGCGAAAGGAGUUUGGUCUUCGCAGCAGACGGUUAGUUGCAGCUAUACAAUACAAAUCGUGUGUAAUAGUAAUGGCUCACUUUAUCUACGAGGGUUUAAGCAGGGAAAAGAAAUUAAUAGUGUAUCUUGUACGUAACUUGACAUGUUAGCUGGGUGAAUUAGUUCAUAGUUAUGCUUAACGUGAUCAAGUGGAGGAGCAGCGCAGAGAACACCACCAUUUGCUUCCACAGUUUUAAUUUAAUUAGUAAUUGCACAUAUUAAAUAUAUGUUUCCUAUUAAAUUUCA